AUGACCCUUUCAAUGAUUUCUGCUUCUUCCUCGAUUUCCUCUGAUAAGUAUUGGUCUUCAUUAUCAACUUCUCCUAAUCUUUGUUUUUUCUUUCUUCUAGAAGAAUCUGUUGCUUCAGGAACUAAAACAGGCUUUGUAAAAACUAAAAAUGAUAAAGACUCUUCGCUCAUAUAUUCUUUGGCUUCGCUUAGUUUGGCUUUUUCAGCUACUUGUAAAGGCAAUGCUAAAGCUUUUAAUUCUUUUGUUUGAUUAGUGAUCAUUGUGAGUGGCUUAUGCAAGGACUCAAGAGUUAGAGAAUAG